AUGCGUGUCUCCCGGCUGCUUCUCUCUCUCGCCGCGGCCCCGCUGGCCUGGGCCAAUCCCCGGCCGAACCCUGUAGCAGCACCCGCGCCGGAUAGUACUGGCUUGCUCGCCGAGUUACCGAGUAUCCUCAGCGGUGUCCAGGAGCUUCUCAGCCAAGAUACCAUCACCAAACUCGAGACCAUCAUUGACGGGGCGGCCAAGCUGCUGACCUCGGACAAUGUCGAUGUCCUGCAGGAUAUCCUGGGUAACGCGCACACCCUGUUAACCAAGGACUUUGUGUCCAACACCACCACACUCAUCGGGGAUGCCACACCGCUGGUGGAAGAUGUCUCAAAGCUGCUGGGCAGCAUACUGGGGACGCUAUAG